GUUGUGAUAUUUUAGUUUUAUUAGCCAACUGUGUCACCAAUGAGGCAUAAAUUAAAUUUUUGGAAACUAUCUUUAAUUGUUGUCUUAAUUUUGUCGACAACUAUCACCAGCGAGGCGAAGACAAAAGACAAAUACAACAACAAAAGGACUUUUAGUUUAACUCAAGACAAAGAUAAUGACGACAACGACAAUACUGGCGAUGAUUAUGAUAAACAUGAAACUGAUGGCAGCAAACUAAUUGAUUUCAAUGAUAAAGACAAGGAUCAGCUAACAACCAAAGACGAUGAUGAUAAUAAAUAUACAUUACCUGAUGAAAGUGAAUAUCCGAGUAUCGGUUAUCCGGAUACUGGUUACGGUUAUCAUUCAACUAAUUCAAAUUGGAUGUCAUCAUCAUCUGAUGGUGGUUAUCACUCAACUGAUCCGGUUUAUGGCAACAAUAAUGAUAAUGACAACAACAACAACAACAACCCUUAUAAUAGUGACAACACUUACAAUACUAAUACUACUAAUAAUAAUAAUGCAAACUAUAAUCAAUCAAAUAAUGUUUCUAAUGGAAAUGGCGUUUAUACUACCUAUCCGUCACCACCAAACCAUAGCGGUAGUAGUUAUGGUAGACCAUCACCACCGAUGGUCUAUACGCCCAGUUAUGCCCGCUAUUAUCAAUUGUAUCGGAAUCCAGCAUUUUAUCAAUACUUGAAGCAAAUGUACGGCCAAUACAAUUACAAUUAUCGACAACCAGCUACCGGGCCGUACAAUCGAUUCAAUUAUACGACAUAUAAUCUAAGUCCACCUAAUAAUCAACAACAACAAUAUCUGAAUGUAUCGGCACUUAGAUCGCCCUAUCAGUCAAUACCGGGCACCUAUACCCAAAGCUCCUAUAGCCAGAAACAGUUUCAACCGGGCAAACUCUAUAGCUACAAUCAAAUCUAUGCCAACUAUUUGUCUACCGGUGCCUUUAUGUAUAGUUCGGGUGCCUGUUCGACUAGCUAUGGCCAGACACCUAAGAUUACCCAACUGGAUAUGGAACAGGCAUUCGAUUAUGCCCAUCGUCAGCUCCGGGACUACGAUCGACAGUUUGGUAAUUAUUCCCAGUUUUCCAAUCAGUCGCCGCCAUUGAAACUGAAAGAAAAGGAGGCGCUUCUCAUGGAAUAUGUGACCGAAUAUUUCGCUAAAUUUAAAUGUUUGAGCAAAUAUCAGACAACAAUAUUCCUGCCGUCGGUAACCAUUGGCCAACAAUAUUUUCGCAACAAAUACGGCGAUACCAGUUGCUAUUCGGCUUACGGUGGCCAGGGAUGGAAUCUCCAGUGCCCGGAAUUUAACAGCAAAUACAGGACAAUUGACGGCAGCUGUAAUAAUGCCCGACAUCCGUAUUGGGGUAAAUCGUAUGUCUGUCAUCUACGGCUGCUGCCGCCUGACUAUGCCGACGGUGUAUCGGCUCCCCGGUUGGCCAACGAUGGUUCGCAGUUGCCGAGUCCGCGUACGCUAAUCAAUCUGAUGACAUCGGAUAAGCCGUUUGAAUCGUUUUAUACGAAUAUGAAGAUGGCUUUCGGCCAGUUUGUCAAUCACGACGUCACCCAUACGCCCGUCUACUUUAGCUACGCCCUAUCCGGUAGCUAUACGGCACCCACCGAUUGUUGCCGGCGACCAAACUUGCGCCAAUGUCUACCCAUUCAAAUCGAUCCGACACCCUAUGACUAUCAGUACCGAAUGUUUAACAAUACUUGCCUGAACUUUGUCCGAUCGGCUCCCUGUCCUCUCUGCGAAAUAGGUCCAAGACAACAGUCCAAUAUUGUUUCAUCAUUUAUAGACGCCAGUAGUGUAUAUGGAAAUACAGCCAACGAGUCGGCACCAAUCAGGACCUAUAAGUUUGGAUUACUAAAAACAAGUCGGGACAGGUAUGGUAAGCCAAUACUGCCGACCACACCGGCCCCAUGGAAUAACGAGUGCAGUCCCCCCAAGGCUAGUAUGCAAUGUUUCUAUGCCGGCGAUCAACGAUGCAAUCAGCAUCCGGCCCUUAUGUCCAUGCAUUUGAUUCUGGUCCGUCGGCACAAUCAGAUCAGUACAUCCCUGCACGUGGUCAACCCGCACUGGUCGGACGAAGUACUGUUUCAGGAGGCCCGACGGCUGGUAGUGGCCGAACUACAACAUAUUACUUACAAUGAAUAUUUGCGAUUGGUUUUCGGCCAAACCCUGAUGGACUACUACGGUCUGAAUGUCGAGACCCAGGGCUACAGUCGGUACGACCCGAACACCGACCCGACCUCCUGGAAUGAGUACGCGACCGCCGCCUGUCGUUUUGGUCACUCGCAGAUCCGUAGCUAUCAUACAAUGUUCAAUACGGGUGCCGGCGGUGUCGGCCCUAACGGUCCGACUCAGGGCUAUCAUCUAAAGGACAGUUAUAUGGAUCCGUCGUUUAUGCACGAAGGACAGUCGGAUGCCCUAAUCAAUGGUCUCCUUAAUGAUCUGUCCUAUUCAGUAGAUCCAUACUAUUCGGAUGAUAUAACCAAUUAUUUGAUGCGGAAAAAAGGUGAUCUGUUUGGAUCGGAUCUGAUCUCGAGGAAUAUCGCCAGAGGCCGAGAUCAUGGUUUGGCUUCGUAUGUUAAUUAUCUGAAAUUUUGUUUCAAUUUUGAUGUAAGUUCGUGGGAUGACUUAAAACUGUUUAUACCUGAAAAAUACGUUAAUCUUUUUAGACAGUUGUAUAAAUCACCAAAAGAUAUCGAUCUAUACAUUGCAGGAAUAACUGAGCGCCACUUUCCCGAUGCCGAUGUCGGGCCAACGUUUGCCUGUAUUUUGGGCAUACAGUUUCAUCAUCUAAAAUAUGGUGACCGCUAUUACUAUGAGCACGGGGGUCAAAGUGGAUCAUUUACACUAGCUCAACUAAAUAAUAUCAGACAGACAGCAUCGUUGGCCCGAUUGGUAUGCCUGACCUCCGAUUACAUUAGUCGAGUACAACCGUAUAGUUUUUUUCCUGAAAGCAAAUACAAUCCGAAAAUUGAUUGCAAAAAAUACAGGGAUUUUGAUUAUCAACUAUGGAAAGAGUGAUAAUAAUAAUAAUUAAUAAU